AUGAAUCCUGAUUUUGGAUCUUCUGAGGAUGAUAUGGAGAUAGAUGAAACCUUGUAUGAAGAAGACGAAGAAAUGUAUCUAGAGAUUUUGGUCAAAUGGAUGAAGACGCAAUUCAAAAUAGAAAAAGGUUCAAAUAACGAUGUUCACGUUUUGCUUAAGUCACUAUUGUUUAAAAAUCUUAAGCAUGGGAUCGCGCUGCACUGUAAUUUCACCAUCAAUGGUCAUGACUACACUCAGGGGUAUUAUCUAGUAGAUGAGAACUAUCCAGAAUGGUCAACUUUGGUUCAAGAUUAUAAGUACUUUAACGGCCAACAAAUGAAAUUGAGGAAGGAUGUUGAAUGCGCUUUUGGCAUAUUGAAAAGGAAGUUUUCCAUCAUAGCUGGCCUGUCACGCUUUUUUGAUCAUCAAGAAAUGAACAAAAUUAUACUAACUUGCAUCAUUCUGCAUAACGUGGUUAUUGAGGAAACCAGAUCACAUGACCCAACCUGGACUAGUUUUUCAGAUGAAGAUUUGAGGCCGAGGCUUGUGGCGAUGUUCUCGGCUGGAAUUGAAACUUCAAGAGCCACAAUGGUUGCAGCGAUAUCACUUCUAGUGAAAAACCCUAAAGCUCUGACAAAGUUAAGAGACGAGAUAGACUUCCAUGUAGAAGAAAGUCGUUUUAUAUCGGAGUCAGAUCUUCCAAAGUUGUCGUACCUCCAAUGUAGAGAUCUUGAAUGGUGGGAUGAGCCCACUAAAUUUAAACCAGAGAGAUUUGACAGUGAAAGUGCUAUUAAGGAAGGAAAAAUGGUUGGAUUUUGGUGGAUUCCAUUUGGCGCUGGCCGAAGGGGAUGUCCAGGUUCAGGGAUGGAAUUUCGUGUUACUUCGCUGGCUAUUGGUGGUUUAAUUCAAUGCUUGGAGUGGAAAAAAGUUGGCGAUUCUGAUAAAACAAUUGAGGGGGAAGGGGAUGAACAUUCAUCUAGGGAUACCCAGGAUGGCUAA